AUGACUCGCCGUCCUGAGAACAUGGAAUUCCGCUACGGCGCCCCCCAACCUAAUAUGGCACCGCAGCAACAACAGCAGCCUCAACAGCAGCAGCAGCAGCAGCAACAUCACCCGGCGCCUGUUCAACCUCCUCCCAUGAACGUUCCUCAGCAGCCUCCAAACGGUGCUGCACCUCCUCAGCAAGUACCUACUCCCACUCCAGCGCCAGCUGGUCGGUCACGAAAGAGGCCGGCACCUGGUGCCGCUGGACCUCCUGCCACAGCUCCUCCUCCUGCCCCUGUUACCCCAUCUCAAGUUCAACCUCCUGUCGCAGCUCCUCCCCCACCCCAGGCGGUUCCUCAACAACCACAACAGGUUCAGACAGAUGAUGCGAACGCAGCCCCAGUUGCGCCUCCACCGGCCAAGAAAAGCCGGACUAAUACCCCCUGGACACCACAAGAAGAGUUGCGACUGAAGCAAAUGCGAGAUGCUGGCAACAGCUGGGCAGAGAUUGCCAAGACUUUCCCUACCAGGACAGAAGGAUCUGUCAAGAAGCAUUGGUACAAGGACAUGCAUUAUGCUGAGUUUGCAGAGGACGAGAGCCAAGCGUUAUUGAACGCCAUCAAGGAGUACGAGAACAACAAGUGGAAGUCAAUUGGGCAGAAGGUCAACAAACCUGCCAAGGUACGAACCCUACCCCCCGGAACUUGA